CCCAUCAAUGCCACAUAUCAGUGCCCAUCAGAGCUGCCUUUCAGUGCCACCUAUCAGUGUCGGUCAGUGCCGCCUAACUUUCCCAAUCAGUGCCGCCUAUCAGUUCAAGUCAGUACCACCUGUUAGUACCCAUCAAUGCUACCUUCAGUGCCGCCUAUCAGUGCCAUAUGUGAGUGCUGCCUUUCAGUGCCCAUCAGUGAUGCCUGUCAAUGCCCACAUGUGAUGCCUGUCAAUGCCCAUCAGUGCCACCUAUCAGUGCCCAUCAGUGCAUCCUAUCAGUGCCAAUCACUGCAGCCUCAUUAG